AUGGCAACGUCGAUAUCAGUAACAUCGACACAUUUGUGCUUAGCCACUGGCAUUUCCAUCAUUGUGGAGCUCAGCUUCUCGGACACUCUGCAAAUUGGUCAGUUUAAGGCUUACGAUUUCUUUGGCGAUGGAAGCUUUUACCUUCUCGACGUACCUGGACAUGCGGUCGGAUACAUGGCUGGCCUGGUCCGGACAACCCAGGACACGUUCGUGCUGUUCGGAGCCGAUAUCUGCCAUUUUGCCAGCUCUAUCAGACCAUCCAGCGCGCCUCUUGUGUAUCAGGAACCGUUCACGCAUAUCUCAACGGAUGCAGCUACUUUCUACAAGGAUCCACCUGUCGCAGAGAAGUCUGUGCUUGGCUUGAUGGAAUUUGAUGCCGAUCCUUGUAUUCUAGUAACGAUCGCACAUGAUCCAGCAGCGCUGGAUGUCUACGACUUUUUCCCUCGUGGCAACCUGAAUGACUGGCAGCAGAAAGGAUGGAAGGAGGCUGCUCGAUGGGGUUUCCUGAGUGAGCUACCCUACAACGGCAAGACCGUCAGACCCGUCCCGGUAGAUCGACUCUACAAACAGGGUCAGAAAGUAGAUGCUUGGAGCUACCUCAGGCAUAACCCUUGUGGGUUCGGAAAAGUCUGGAAGCGAGCAUAUUUCAUUCAUCAAACGCCAACGGCCGAAUCCCAAUUUCCGUGUUGA